AUGCAGAGAGAAAUCGAGGAGCUGCAAAGAAAUUCGUCUUUGUUAAAUUACAAUUCUUUCUUAGAAGACAUACUAGGAGAUAUCCAGUCAGUUCGUGAAUCUUUUCCAGAUAUUCAGGAAAUUAACGAAACCGAUCAUUACUUGCAAUCCAAGCAACAAUCCUACGACAAUCCUGAAGACCACUUUCUGAUAGAGGAGAUCCGAAAGUAUGUGAAGAUGAAGCCCAACAGACUAGGAAAACAGAAUUUCAUGGGAGCCAACGGAACUUUCACGAGCAUUGGCCACGGUUGCUUCGCCAUGAAGAAAGAGCUCGAAGAGUACAUGGAAUACGACGUCGGAGAGAUCUGCAACGACGAUUGGAAACUUGCUCAGAAGCUGAUGGUUCAUGGAUGCGAUCCUUUACCGAGAAGAAGAUGCUUCUCAAUAGCCCCAAAGCUAUACAGCAGGCCAUUUCCCAUUAACGAGUCCUUGUGGAAGCUUCCUGAUGACAGAAACGUGCGUUGGAGUCACUAUCGUUGCAAGAACUUCGCUUGUCUUGCCAACAAUUCCACUCGCAAAGGGUUCUUCAAGUGCGCGAAUUGCUUCGAUCUCGAGCAUCAUGAAUUUCCCAGGUGGAUCAGGAGAGAAAAUCCCGAUCCCAGAUCGAAUCUGAGCGAGGAUUUUCUUGCACGCGAAGUUAUCGACUUGAAGCCUGGGGAGAUCAGGAUUGGCUUGGAUUUUAGCAUCGGUACCGGGACUUUUGCUGCGAGAAUGAGGGAGUUUAAUGUGACUAUAGUCACAGCGACUAUUAACUUUGGUGCUCCUUUUAGUGAGAUGAUAGCUCUUAGAGGGCUGGUCCCACUUUACUUGACGAUAAAUCAACGGCUGCCGUUCUUCGACAACACUCUUGAUUUGAUCCACACCACGAGAUUUCUUGAUGGAUGGAUUGAUUUUGUGCUUUUGGAUUUCAUUUUGUAUGAUUGGGACAGAGUGCUUAGGCCCGGGGGUUUAUUGUGGAUCGACAGUUUCUUUUGUGAUAAGGAGGACUUGAAUGACUAUUUGGAGUCGUUUAAAAUGCUGAGGUACAAGAAGCAUAAAUGGGUUGUGGUUCCAAAGCUUGAUAAAGAUGAUAGUGAAGUGUUCUUUUCUGCUCUGUUGGAGAAGCCGCCUAGACCAUUCCGAUAA